AAGACUUGAUGAAGUUAAAAGCAAGAUUAUUAAUGACUAUACCAGCAAAAACAAUAAAGCCAAAACAUUACGUGGAAUAUAUGCUUUAACUGUUACAAAACUCAAUGCAGGUCAUGCAUCAACCAUCAUGCCAGUACCAAGCAAUACCUGAAGGAUCUGGCUUAUCACAAAAGACAAGACCAUCAAGCAGUUUGCUAAAACGUUCUGGGAAAGGUGGUCAAAGGAUCUCAUGCUAUGCCAGCAAAAAAGGUGUUCUUACCUCAUUCAAGGCUCAUGAAGAAUCAUUUGGUACACUGUCACAAUUUUACGUCAAGAACCAAUGGGUCAAGAAACAAAAACGAGGCAAGAACAUCUAUCGAGGUCAAGCUUCUGCAAAAGUGGUGACAACACAUCAUCAAGGUGUCUCAUUGAAUAAUGACAGCAAGAUGGUGUAUCUUUAUGGUGAUGCUGGUCGCGGAACUAAUUCUCUUAUCAAGGGCCAUCUUCGUGGGGGACGCACCAGAUUUCUGAAAGAAAUUAGUCAAAGAUCAUAUGUUGCGAUCACACCUGAAUUCCGCAUAUCAAAACUAUGCUGCUUUUGUCAAGAACUGAUUCAUCCAAAGAAUGUUAAGAAGAAUGGCAAACUAUCAAGCAAUCUAGAUACGGUCAUUUGUCAAAAUCCAUCAUGUCCGGCAAGAAAGAAAGGGUAUCAUGCAAUAUCUUGGGAUGUCAAUGCUAGCGUGAACAUGAUUAUGGUCGGUUGUGGAACUUGUCCUGCUUUUGUCCAAUCAUCCAAACAAAAAAAAAAUAUAUUCCGGAUACUGCACACAAGUUUUGUCAGGUUUACGCUCCUCCCAUUCUAGUUUGAUAAUGAUGAUGUACGAACAUACGCUGAUAUGGUAAGGCAUCAAAAAAAAAAUGGAAGUUACGUGAUUGGCUAAUUUUUUUUAUU